AUGUCAGAACAGGACCCUCCUUCAAAACGCCAGCGAAUUAACCAAGCCUGUGAUCAAUGCCGCAAGCGAAAGUCGAAAUGCGAUGGGGCCCAACCCAGUUGUUCAACCUGUGAUAACCUCGGGAAGCUGUGCACCUAUGGAACCCCGGUGAAAAAGCGAGGGCUGCCAACUGGCUAUGUCAGAGGUAUUGAGGCCUUAUUGGGGCUAUUUCAGCAGUUUCUUCCCAACGGAGAGUAUACGCUGAGGAAAAUCUUGAGAGAGAACAUUGCGGGGCGAAUAGUCGACAGCGAAUACCUGGACAAUGCGUCGGACAUUUGGCGAUCUUCCGACUUAGCGAAAGACUUUGAUCAGCUGCUGAGUUCGGUGGACAACAACAUAGGAAGUAGAUUGACCUCAGAGACGAUUCAACUUCCCGAGCUGCGAAAUGCGGAGACGAUAAUCCAUCAACGGCCGGGCGACCCGAAUCUAUUCGAAAGACUACAGCAUUGCGCAAACCUACCCCCCCCGGAUUACCCGCCAAAUAUUCAAGAGAUAGUGGACUUUUAUUUUCAGACCACCCACUGUUGGUUUCCGAUCGUGGAGCGUCGCAUGAUCCUAAAGGCCCUCUACCGCGACGACACCGGCAAUGGCCUGGACCGUGACUCAGACAACUAUAACCUUUGCUUGUGGGCAAUAGUGGGUUAUACAUCGGCCAUCGCAUCUGGCAAGUCCAUUCCGUCGGAUACAAUCCAUCCGCAUGGCAUUCAGACAUAUGUCCGGUUUUGCCUGAUGAGAAGCGAGAACUCCUUUUCUAUCGGUAGCGUUCAAGCACUUUGCAUAUUGGCGCUUCUCAACAUCAGGCUGGAACAGUUCAACACGUCCAGGUUGUUGCUCCUGCAAGCAUUCACUAUGCUGAUAGAUGCCAAUGUUGAAGAACGACAAAACUCUGAACGAUAUUAUCAUACACUGCAUGGGUGUUUCUUCCUGGAUCAAAUACUAUCGGCGUAUCUAUCGACAACCUCAUUCUUUCCAAAUACCUGGUAUUCAAUUAUUGGUCAUCUUGAUGAAAAUGCUUUGGAGGAGUGGGAGCUUUCUCCGCCCGCCAAAGGUCUUGACCCCUCUCGGAUGAAUUUUGACCGACAACCUCUUCGCACCAUAAGCUCUUUCAACAUGACCUGUGAUCUAGUGAGCAGGAUACCACCUCGUGGCGAGAGUAAGCUUGACAGAGAACAGCUGCAGGCGAUCAUAACCCAUUUACAAAACUGGUAUUCGAGCCUAAGAAAACACCACCAACUUCCGAAGCUUGGAACAGCAAAUCCGCCUCUCUUCAUCCUUCAUCUUACUUACAAUUUCGUCCUUUUACUCGUCCUUGAAGAGGCCGGCAGGGCUGGACAGCAGCAUAAAGCACUAAUUGAUAAGACAAUCUCCUCCAGUAUAGAACUUCUAACUCAAGCUCUAGACCCCGGCCAUGCAUUAUAUCGAAAUCCGCUCCUGAUUCUAUUUGCGUAUCAACUGAAGACCUCGGUUGAUUUAUCUUAUACCUUGACACCGCUAGAUAUAAGCCCGGCCCUUCGGUCACGCUUCUCUUUGUUGUUUGGCAGUUUUCAAGAAAUUUAUGAUUUUGAGCGAUCAACAGCACACAAUUACUACCCUGCUGCGAUAGUGUCUGAAACAAGUAAUAUUGCAACGACACACUCUGGCCAUCCCCCGACCGUGUCUCCAUCAAUGGUGGGUAGCCAAACCAUCAUGUCCGAUGAUCGAGUCUAUACUCCUGUCAGUGAUAGAAAUGUGACAACCAGUCUGCCUAUAGACGAUGCGUCUGUCGAAAGGGAUGACCUGGAUGUCAUUUUCGAGGAUAUUGCUGCAAUGGUCUUGCCCAGAAGAUAUGAUGACGAAAUCGCCGACUUUGCUCAGAACCUUGGCUUUCUGAGCAAUGACCUCAACUUUGACUCGAUGGCUUUCCACGGCAUUCAAGGUGGUUCUUAA